AUGUCCAGAACGUUCCGUGGAGUCUGUAAGAAGAUUGAUCAUUUUCCGGAGGAUGCUGAUUAUGAACAGGAUACAGCGGAGUAUCUACUGCGUGCGGUCAGGGCGUCUAGUAUCUUCCCCAUCAUGAGCGUAGGUCUGCUGUUUAUGGGGGGGCUGUGUGUGGCAGCCAGUGAGUUCUACAGGAGCAGACACAACGUCAUCCUGAGCGCCGGGAUAUUCUUCGUUUCUGCAGGCCUCAGUAACAUCAUAGGAAUAAUCGUCUACAUUUCCGCAAACUCAGGAGACCCCGGUCAGAGCGACUCUAAGAAGAGCUACUCGUACGGCUGGUCCUUCUAUUUCGGAGCGCUGUCCUUCAUCAUGGCGGAGAUGGUGGGCGUGUUAGCCGUUCACAUGUUCAUAGAGAAACACCGCAAGCAGCGCGCCAAGUCCCGCACCGAGCUCAUAAAGAAAUCCGCCUUCAGCCGGAUCCCCAGCUACCGCUACCGUUUCCGCCGCCGCUCCAGCUGCCGCUCCAGCGAAGCCCCGUCCAGAGACGCCUCUCCGAUCGGCAAGAGCGGAUACACCGGCCCGGCCGCCGCCGAUAUAUCCAUGUACACGCUGACCCGUGACCCCAACAAGGCCGGAGUGGGAAACCUGCUGAACUCGGAGAGGGAAUUCCUCCAGCCUCACAACUCCAACUCCAAGGACUUUAAGGACGCGGCCAGCCGGAGAACCACGCCCGUCUGA